UAAGUCGAGUUCAAGUUGGAUUUUUUUUAUUAGUACUAUAAUUUUGCUAUGGUGUCAUAUCGUGAUACAUAAUGAAAAGAUUUUAUAGAAUAUUCAACGAAGGCAGCAAGAUCAAUCAAAUAAUAUGUGCAAUUUUAAUAAACUUGCCUGUGUUUGCGUACGGGGCCAGCAUUGGAUGGAUGUCGCCUAUGACACUAUUGCUCCAAUCCAAAGACUCACCUAAGGUUGUACCCCUAACAGAUACAGAGGUUUCAUGGAUGGCCUCAGUAGCAUAUUUGACAUGUAUACCAGGAAAUAUAUUAAUGGCAUUUCUCGGGGACACAAUUGGGAGAAAGAAAACUUUGCUUUUUAUAUCAGCUACAGGAGCUGCGAGCUGGAUCCUAUUGCUGUCGUCCAUGGAAGUCUGGAGCUUUAUUCUAGCGCGAGCUCUGGUCGGUAUCACCAUGUCAGGAUGCUAUGUCACGUGUCCUAUUUACACGAAGGAAAUCAGCGAUGAUAGUAUACGAGGAGCUCUUGGAUGUUUGAUAAUUUUAUUUCAUACAACCGGUAAUUUAUUUCUCUACAUAAUAGGAGAUUUUUUGAGCUAUCGAACUAUUAUUUGGAUUUGCUUAGCUUUGCCAACUUUCCAUCUCGUACUUUUUAUGAUGAUGCCUGAUUCUCCUUCUUAUUUUGUAAAAACAGGUGAAGUUGAGGAGGCAACACGUGUACUAGCUUGGUUGAGGUGCAAGAGAGAAGAUGAUAUAACAAUUAAAACUGAGCUUGAAGUAAUAAAAAAAGAGCAAAUAAACGAUGAGGACAGCAAUCGUUUUCUUUUAAAAGCUAUAGUAAAAGACAAAAUUUUAUCCAAAGCGUUUUAUAUUGCUAUGAUGGUAACACUUGCUCGUGAGAUAUGUGGUGCAGUACCAGUGCUGAACUUUGCUGGCGAAAUAUUUACAUUCGCAUCCAAUAAUUCCGAUGCUAUGUUGAGUCCUAAUCAACAAGCGAUGCUACUUGGAGCUGUUCAAGUUACUGGUUCGAUACUUGCGUCAUUGGUUGUAGAAAAGGCUGGAAGAAAGGCAUUACUUUCAAUAACGUCACUUAUAUCUGGACUUAGUAUGUGCGCUCUGGCUUCUUGGUUUGUCGCACGAGACUAUGGAGCAAAUACACCAAACUGGCUCCCUAUAGUAACGUUAUGUUUGUGCAUUUUCUGCGAUUCGUCUGGGUUACAGCCAAUAUCUAUUGUUAUCGCUGGAGAGAUUUUUUCUUUUAAGUAUCGAGGAACUGUCAUGGCCGUCACGAUGUCAGCUGCAUCUCUUGCUGAUUUUCUUCAACUUCUUUUCUUUAAACCGCUGGCAAACUCUAUUGGCAUACACGUGGCAUUUUACUUUUUUGGUAUUGUAUGCAUAUUGAUGGCAUUAUACGUAGUCAUUGUGAUACCAGAAACCAAAGGAAGAAGCUUAGAAGAUAUUUAUAAGAGUUUAGUUACUCGUAGAAGAAUAUUAAGAAAUAACCUCAACUGAUGCUUAUGUUAUGUA